UUCAUUGAACUUUCUUACGUUUUAUAUCACACGCAACGUAUUUAUGUAUAUUUUCUCGAUCCGUAAUCGUGGUUUAUUUGCUCAGUAAUUAUAGAGUUUGAACUUGUGGCGAUUUUCACGUAUAAUAAACCACAAUUCUCAACGAUGUCGAGGUUUUUGCUGCUCUUCUGCUUUGCAUCGCUUUACGUUUUGGGCGAAGGGCAAGAACACAUGACCUCUGCAAAUAAUGACCCCCUCAUUACCGCUACUGUUAAAAAAAAUGGUUCUCUACCAGACUCCAAAGCAAAAUCUUUGCCGAAUAAAGCAGAAUACUCUGCAGAUCCUGCAUUAAUUUCCAUUAGCAAUGAGGAGAUUAAGACACCAUCAAAAGAAGAUACAGUUACAAACCAUAGUUCUCAAACCACAGUUGCUUCACCGAAUCCUACAACUGUUACAACAACUGUAACCGAAUCAACUGUUAAACUAAGUCCAAGUACUACGGUUGGUUCACUGGUCAACGCUACAGUGGCAACAUCUCCUACUCCUGGCAAAUGGAUAGUCAAUGAAACCAAUAAGAUUUGCAUUGUGGUACAAAUGUCCGUGCAGUUCAAUGUUUCGUAUGAAAAUCUUAAUCAUACAACAUCCUACAAGAUAUUCGACAUGCCGAUAGACAAUAGAACCAUAAAAGCGAACGGCAGCUGUGGUGCCCUUGAACAAGAACUAAAUCUGAUGUGGUCCUCCUAUAACGGAACUAACGGCAGUAUGUCGCUACACUUUAUGAAAAAGGAGAACGACACUCGUUAUGCUUUCAAAUAUCUGAACGUCGUCCUUCCAGCAACGAAUUUUCCGAAUUCAACUUUAAACAAAACUGACACGGUAAACCUUGAACAUGACGCAUCCAAUUUUGUAACUGAAUUAUCCAGUUCCUAUAGAUGCGUAAAACAGCAAAGGUUGAAAUUCAAGCAAGAGAAUGACACUAAAACUGGUGGCUACUUAACCAUUUCAGGUUUACAAUUUCAAGCAUUCAGAACAAGUAACACCACUACUUUUGGUUUAGCUAAGGAUUGCGCUUUGGAAACAGCUGAUAUUGUACCGAUAGCAGUGGGAUGCGUAUUAGCAGGAUUAGUGAUUAUAAUUUUAAUUGCAUACUUGGUUGGUCGCCGAGGAUGUCAAUCUCGUGGCUAUCUUAGCAUGUAACUUUAUAAUUUUUUUAAUUUCUGCUUCUUGAAUAAUUAAGUCGAUAAUCUGUGUUUAUGUACUGCAUGUUAAUGCCAGAAAAGUUAUUGCUUUUUUUUAAAUCCUGAGAGUUGUUAUACAAACGAACAACUACAUUAAAUCUUCCUUUCUUCCCUUAAUACACAGAAUUUUACAUUAAGCAAAGAG